AUGGCUUCUCCCAGGUUAGAAACCUACUGCUGCCCGAACCGGGAUGCGGCUACACAGCUAGUGAUGAACUUUCAGCCUGAAGUCUUCUGUGGAGUUUGCAUUGGCAGUGCCUCCAUCAGUCUGCUACUGACCAUCCUGCAGCUCCUGCCGAAGAAGGGUCAGAGCCCGCGAAAGAUGCCCAAAGCCUCCUCCUCUUCCACCAUCCUUCUCCUUAUCUCCAUUUGUGACAUCCUUGGUGGUUUAGGUAUGAUCUUCCGGUCAAGUGUAUGGCUAGGCUUCCCAGGCUUCAUAGCUGACAUUUCUGUGGUGAACGGGACCGACAUGUGGCCUUCUGCUUUCUGUGUGGGGAGCGCGAUGUGGAUCCAGCUAUUAUAUAGCGCUGUCUUCUGGUGGUUGUUUUGCUAUGCCGUUGAUUCUUACUUGGUGGUAAGAAGAUCAGCUGGACUGAGUACGAUUGUGCUGUACCACAUGAUGACGUGGGGUCUUGCAGUGAUGCUCUGCGUGGAGGGAAUUGCACUGCUUUACUACCCUUCUCUCUCCAGCUGUGAAAAUGGCUUGGAGCACGCAAUCCCACAUUACAUCACAACCUAUGCCCCACUCCUGCUAGUGCUGGUCGUCAACCCAAUCCUGUUUAGGAGGACAGUAUCAGCAGUUGCCUCCUUACUGAAAGGGAGACAAGGGAUUUACACAGAGAAUGAGAGACGUCUGGGGACAGAAAUCCAGAUCCGCUUCUUCAAGAUUAUGCUGGUAUUUGUUAUUUGCUGGUCAUCCAAUAUCAUCAACGAGAGCCUUUUGUUCUACCUCGAAAUGCAGCCAGAUAUCAAUGAAAUCCUCCUGAAAAACAUCAGAAGUGCUGCACUGAUCACAUGGAUUAUAAUGGGGGUUCUUAAUCCAAUGCAAGGCUUCCUCUUCACGUUAGCUUUCUAUGGCUGGACAGGAUGGAGGGUGGACCUGAAAUGGCGGAAGAGAGAAAUACCCUGGGAAUCGAUGUCCUCAUCAACUGUGGGUGAAAAUGCCUAUCCCUCACCAGUGAACUACCAAAGCAACAUCCAUGAUUCAAAGAAGAUAUCGAUGACUGACAGCCAGCAGACCGAUGAGGCUAUAAGCAUGUUGUCUGAAGGUAACACUAGCAGUGAUGACAGGUUAACCAGGAGCUCUCCCAUCUACCAGGGCUGGUAG